AUGCCAUUCAGACCAAGUUACAGAAGAAGAUACAAUUCAAAAGGUUUCAGAUCUAAUAGACCUCAAAAUUCUCAUAGAAGUGAACCACGAACCUCUUCUGGUCGUGAUAGAAGAGGAUAUAGAAGAUAUUAUCAUCAACAACCUUCAAGAUAUGCUUAUGUUGAAGAGCCUGAUAGUGAAAUCGAUCCAACUGAGGAAGAUGAAGAAGAUGAAAUAAUCAACAAUGAAGAAUACGACGAAGUACCACUUGAGUAUUAUGAUGAUGAGGAAGCAGACUUUGAUGAAGAAGGCUUUGAUGAAGAAGACUUUGAUGAAGAAGACUUUGAUGAAGAUAUUUACUAUGACAGCGAAGAGCAACCACUUGAAUACUACGAAGAAGAUUUCAGUGAUGGCAAUGAUGAUACCAUAGAAGAUUUGCCAAUUUAUUUCUAUAAUGAAGAUGGUGCUGAUGCUGAUGAUGUUGAGAUUGCUUAUGUUGACUCUGACGGUAAUGAAUUUAUCAUUGAUAAUGAAGAUUUGGAAGAAGCUAUUUUAGAUGAAGCUAUUUUAGAAGAAUUAGAAGCUAAUGGAAGAGUUCAUGAUUUAAACAAUGAAAUUGUUGAAUAUUAUGAUGAAAAUGAUGGAUUAAGUUCGAGUGAUUCUGAAAGUAGCAGUGAAAGUGAUUUGGAAAUUGAUUCAUUGAAUGACUCCAGUGAUUCUAGUGACUCUAGUGAUGACAGCGACUCCAGUGAAUCUGACUCUAGUGACGACGGCGACUCCAGCGACUCGAGUGACGAUAGUGGUGUUGAAUCGUUAGAUUCCGAUGUGGAACAAGAAAUUAAAGACGACUUAUUAUUAGAACUCAUCAGAAGAGAAUUUGAAGAAGAAUUGGUUAGUUCCGAUGAACUUACUUCUGAAGAUGAAAGUUCCGACUUAGGUUCUGAACCAGAAUAUUUUGAAGUUGACACCGAAGAUGAAGAAAAUUCUGAAGAUGAAGGAAUCACUAUAUAUAAAAGUCUAGUAUUACCAGAAGAUAUCGAUGACGAAGAUGUUGUAUUUUACGAUGAUCUUGGAGAAGAAUCAGACAAUGAAACUACUGAUAAUACAAAAUUGCUUGCAAAUGAUAGUGAUGAUGAAUUUCAAGUAGUUGAUUUGACUGAAGAUUUAGAAAAUAGUCUGGACUAUAAAUUGGAAGAGAUUGAUGCUAACACUUACAAGUUGAAUGUUAGAUUUCCUUCAUUAGUUAAAGAUGAGUUGAAGAUUGAUUUCUUGAAAAAUGAAAACGAAUUGGUCAUUAGAGGGAAAUUGAAUUUGAACGACGCAGAUAUUGAUGAAGAAGUUGAUGAAGUGAGCGAAAAUGAAGAAGAAGAAGAAGACAGUGAUGCUGACUCAUUCGUUGAAGAGCUCAAAGAAAAAGAUAACAAUAAGCGUGCAAAAUUAGCUGCUAUUUUGGCUGAAUUAGAGAAAGAACAACCUGAAGAGGACUCUGAAGAAGACGAAGAUUUUGCAAGUCCUAAUGAAGAAGAUGGUGAAGACAACGAAGAAGAAGAAGAGGAAGAAGAAGAAGAAUUUAGCGGAGACGAAGAUACUUUUAUUGAACAAAUCAAAGAAGAUUUAAAGUCUGCUAGAGCUUCUAGAAAAGAAAGAAUUGGAAAAAUAUUGGCAGAUUUCAAAUCUCAAGAAGAGAAUUAUAAUGAAGAAUCUGAUAAUGAUUUUGAUGCUAAUGAAUGGAAAGGUGUAGAAAGUGAAGGUGAAAACCAAUCUAGUGACGAUUCCGAAGAAAGUUCAAGUGAUGAGGACGAAGAAAUUCAAGAAGACGAAGAAGAAUUGGCUAAACAAUAUAAAAACCAAGAAGUUCAUUUUGAAAAACAUUUCCAAUUUGACAAAGUGAUUAAAUUCAAUAAGAUUCAAGCUAGAUUCGUUGGUGAAGAUGAACUAGAAUUAAUAAUUCCAAAUGAAAACAAAACUGUUGAUGAUGGUAACUGUGUUUCAAUUGAUGUUGAACCACUUCAAGAUGACGAUAGCAGCAUUACAGAUGAAAUUGAUAAUACAGUUGCAAUCCCUUCUCUCAAGGAAGUUGAAGAUGUCAUAAUGGAAUAG